AUGCCCACACAUUUAAUCGUCGUCUGCUGCCACGCAAUCUAUGUGGGCGGACCAAAUAAGGGCCAAGACGAGGAAGAAUGGCUAAUUGAGCCCUUUCAACGCGGGGAAACGCCUACGUUUACAGAGCAUGUCAAGGCAGGUAUUCGGCUCUUAGCACAGGAUGCAGAGAGUUUACUUGUUUUUUCUGGGGGCGCGACAAAACGACCAGCGACUGAAAUUACCGAGGGGAAUUCUUAUCUGAAUCUUGCAAAAGACAACCAGUUCUUCGGCUACGCAUCUCGUAUAGAUCCAAGCAGGGUGACGGCCGAAACACAUGCCGCGGAUUCUUACCAGAAUGUGCUAUUCUCUAUUAUUCACUUUCGGUUAUAUACGGGUGUAUAUCCGCAGAGAGUGACAGUGGUGACGCAUGAGUUUAAGCGAGAACGGUUCAUGGAGUGUCAUUUCCCGGCUGUGGGGAUGGGUGAACAGGGUAGAGGGAGUGUUGUUGGGAUAAAUCCGCCAGAGGAGGUGACGCCAUUAGAAGAGUUGGUGGAGGGAGAGGAGAAACGGGGUAUAGGGCUAUGGAGAGAGGAUAAGUAUGGCGUUGGGGGCGAGUUGAAGGACAAGAGGGUGAAGCGAGGAUGGGUUGAUGGAAUGGAAAGGGGACUGUGGGUUGGUGUUGGUUUGGAAACUGUGGUUGAGGAUUUGGUUUGCUGGGAUAGCGGCGAGUGGUUUCCCUGGAUAAUAGAGCUGCCUUGGUGUAGAGCGUGA